UACUCUUGGAUUUAUCUAACCCCUUCACGCGCCUCGGUGAGACCGGGGAAGGAAAUCAGAUCUAUUGAGUGGGACCUACCAGUCUUAGUGGGUUCAAAUUCAAAAGUCCAAAAAUCGCUCAGGUGGAAAAAGUGUCCGUUUGGAUCAUAAUCUAAUCUGGUAAAGAAAACGUAAUUUUGUAAUUUUACAUUAGCCAUGGCUGAACCGGAAGGAGAUGAGUGGGAGAUCUGGAACGAUGAUGGUUUCGUCUGCAAGAGGAGAAGAAGCAAGAUAAAUAUACCAGCUGAUCAUAUCGCAACUGAGGAUCAGCUUAAGAAGAACAAAAAAAAAAGGAAGAUGAUGAUAUUGAUGAAGCUGAGAGACGAGUACAAGAGAGAGAUUCAAGAAUGGGAAAAAUUAUCAAAUAUUCUAUCAACAAUAAAUCAAGAGAAAACCCAAAUCCAAAAGUCAUCAUCUGUAAUGGAUUCUGAUUUGCCAAAAUCGCAGAAAUUCUCGGACGAUUUCGUUUGCCAGAACUUGUUUAUAGAUGAACUCCUAUUGCAGGCUGAAGCACAGGAAGCCAUAAUUCUAAAUUUAUCAAACCUCUGCGACGCGGCCGAAGCUAUGAUUAGCUCGGAUAAGGAUCAAUUUAAGCAACGUAUGGUGAACAUCCCACUAUUGGGGAGUCCACGAAGCAUUUUGGUUUCUCUAUCUGAUUAGAUUUUGUUGCGAACAAUGUUCUGCGGAUUAUACACCUCUAUGUAUUUUCUCUCUUCUCAUGUAUGUAUAAAGGUCGCAACAUUUUCAAGGAAUCCAUUUACCUUUAUGCCA